AUGUCUAAGUCAUCGUUUAUGGAUCUUUCGAUUGACUGUGGUUCCAUUCGCAACUCAACUGCCCCUGAUGGCCGUGAAUGGGUUGGAGAAUCAGGCCCUGAAUUCUUGUUAUUGGGUCAAUCAUCAAGAAGGUCUGCCAGACCUUCUGCUGAUCCUCCUGUUCCGUACAAAAAUUCAAGAAUCUCUGCCACCGAGUUCCGGUAUGGAUUUCCGGUGAACCCAGGUCAGAAAAUCCUCCGCCUACAUUUUUACCCUGCUUCCUACCAUGGUUUUGAAACAUGGAUAGAUUAUUUCACUGUUAAAGCCGGUCAUUUUACCCUUCUUAGAGACUACAGUGCUUCACUUGCUGCUCGUACUUUGGGCCUAAAGUUCACCAUUGGAGGGUACUCCAUAAACUCAAUGGAGGAUCUCGGGAUGUUUCGUCACAGGAAUGAGGAUACCAGUCACUUUCUUAAACCGGGCAAAGCUCAUCGGGUGAACCAUUUGGUGGUUUUGAGGAUGAAGUGUAAAAACAUUCCAGCAUUCACUGCGCCAGCGAAAAUUUACCUGACAUCCUGGAAAACAGGCGCGGGAUCACCAGUAAGCCAGAUGUAUUACAACUUUACAUGGAAGAUACCGGUGGACUCAGGAUUUAGAUAUCUUAUUGCAGAAACUCAGGCUAAUGUCCUUAUAUGGAUUGGGGAUGUAGGGAUCCCAAUUUACAAGGACUAUAUAGUGAUGAAGGUAGGAGAUAGAGAAGGCUGCAAAUAUGACCUGUUGAUUGGUUUAAAAUCAAUUGAUGAGGUAGUUCUUGGGCUCCUUCAUGAACUGGAGAUAUUCAAGUUGAGCAACCAUGAAAACAGUUUAGCACCUAAGAACCUCAUGCUUCUACCAGGAUCUCGGAACCUGAUAAUGGAGAUUUUUUCAAGGGCAUUUGUCAGCAGAAAUAGUAUCAUCCGAGGUGGAAAACGUGCGGAUCAGUCAGACUCAGUUGAGCUAUCUUGCCUUUGCUUCUCGCUUGCUGAGAUCAAGCUAGCCACAGAAAACUUCAAUCAUUCAUUGGUCAUUGGAACGGGCGGGUUUGGUAAAGUUUACAAAGUUAGUAUUCCUGGUGUUCCCGGAAUUGUUGCAAUAAAAAGGCUGAAUUCUUACUCCAGGCAAGGAGCUGUUGAGUUUUGGACUGAAAUUGAAACACUUUCAGAGCUUCGCCAUAUCCAUCUUGUCUCCUUGAUAGGCUAUUAUAAUGAGCAUAGCGAAAUGAUUCUUGUAUAUCAGGAAACCAGCAGAGUACACUACAAACUGUGGAGAAAAGGUAGUCUUCUACCAUGCUUUCGAGAAUGCAUGGCAGAUGGUGAUGUUUGUGCGAUAGUUGAUCCCAGAUUGCAGGGGGAUAUUUCGUCUAACAGUCUCAGGAAAUUUGUGAAAACUGUUGACCGUUGCUUGAACCAGCUGCCCAAACGACGACCUACAAUGGCUCAAGUAGUAUCAAGUCUGGAGCAGGCAAUUGAAAAGCAUCAAAACUAUGAUAAAGGAGAAAGGGACUCAGGUCGAGUGCGAAAAUCAUUAUCGGGUUGGCCAAGGAAAGCCGUUUGGAGUCGAGACACAACAAAGCAGACCACAUGGAAAAUCAUGAGCAAAGAGGACACCAAACGGCAACCACUCUCGAACUCUUUGAAUGUAUUCACCAAUCAUGAACUAAUGAUCAUCAAGAAAAACUACAGAAAAGGUCCCCUGAUUGGUGGAGGUGGACUUGGAAAUCUGUACAAAGGCUUAUUAUCUGAGGAUGUUAAGAAAGGGCUUCUGCCAAUACCAGUUUCUGUUAAGGCGUACGAUGCGCGCCUUAACAGCCAGGAUCAAGGAGAAUGGAUGGUUGAAGUCAUCUUCUUGAGCCAGUUUUCUCAUCCAAAUUUAGUGAAAUUGAUAGGAUACUGUUGUGAAGAUGUGCACAGGGUACUAGUUUAUGAGUAA